AUGUUCCGGUGCUGCUUGUUGGUGCUUGUGGGAGCGACUGUGGUGAGCGCCCAGUUCCCCCGACAAUGUGUGACACCCGAAGCGCUCAGGAGCGGAACCUGCUGCCCGUCACCCAACGGACUCGGUAACGACCCCUGCGGCGCCAGUGUAGGGCGCGGACAGUGCGUGUUAAUCACAGUGGACGCGAGUCCCCACGGCCCCCAGUACCCACACGACGGUCAGGAUGAUCGGGAGCUAUGGCCCAUCCGUUUCUUCAACCGGACCUGUCAGUGUAACGGCAACUUCGGUGGCUUUAGCUGCGGCCGCUGCAAAACCGGAUGGACCGGGUUCAACUGUGACCAGAGAGUUUCUGUGGUAAGAAGAAACGUGAUGCUUCUCAGUCCGGAGGAGAAGCGUGCGUUCGUCGACGCGCUGGAUCAAGCCAAGCGCACGGUGCACCCUGAGAUCGUGAUCGCCGUCCGGCGCUAUCCGGAGAUCUUCGGGCCCGAUGGGAACACGAUGUUUGAGAACGUCACCAUCUACAAUUACUUCGUAUGGUCCCACUACUACUCUGUCAGCAAGACGUUCCUGGGCGCGGGACAGCCCAGCUUUGGAGGUGUGGACUUCUCGCACGAGGGGCCUGGUUUCCUCACCUGGCACAGGUAUCAUCUGCUGCAGCUGGAGCGAGACAUGCAGUCCAUGCUUCAAAACCCCUCAUUCGCCCUGCCCUACUGGAACUUUGCCAUUGGUGGAAACACAUGUGACAUCUGCACAGAUGACCUGAUGGGAGCCAGGAGCAGCUUCGACAUGAAUUCUCUGAGUCCAAACAACAUCUUCUCACAGUGGAGGGUGGUUUGUGAGAGCGUAGACGACUAUGACACGCUGGGAACCAUCUGCAACAGUACUGAGACUAAUCCCAUCAGGAGGAACCCAGCAGGAAAUGUCGACAGGCCGAUGGUGCAGCGUCUCCCAGAGCCCAAAGAUGUGGAGGAAUGUCUGCAGGUUACAACUUUUGACACGCCACCGUACUACUCCACCUCCUCAGAAAGCUUCAGAAACGCAAUUGAAGGUUACAGCACCCCCCAGGGGAAAUACGACCCAGUGGUGAGGACUCUCCACAACUUGGCCCACCUGUUCCUGAACGGGACAGGAGGAACGACUCACAUCUCGCCCAAUGACCCCAUCUUUGUCCUUCUGCACACCUUUACCGACGCCAUAUUUGAUGAAUGGUUAAGGAGACAUGCUCCAGAUAUGUCGGUGUUUCCCGGAGAAAUGGCUCCCAUCGGUCACAACAGAGGCUACAACAUGGUGCCUUUCUGGCCUCCAGUGACUAAUGCUGAGAUGUUUCUGACUGCCCCUAAUAACCUUGGUUACUCUUAUGAAGCUCAGUGGCCAGGCCAAGCUUACACCCUGACUGAAAUCAUCACCAUGGCCAUCGUUGCUGCUCUUGUGGUCGUCGCUGUCAUUUUCGCUGCCACCACAUGUGCCUUGCGUGCCAGGUCUUACAAGAUGGAUGGCCACCAGCCUCUGCUCGGGGAUCAGUACCAGCGCUACGACGACAAAAACAGCCAAUCUGUAGUAUAA